UUCUCUUGGGAGAAGAGGGGGAGAACUGGAGUGUUCUUAGGCGGGCUCCUGCUCGCCUCUCUCUCCUCCUCCUCGGCGUUUGGGGGUGGGUCAUGUCUACAGGCUCCCUGAGUGACGCCGAGGAGGUGCCGGAGAUGGACCUGAGAGGGUUGCAGCUGGGAUACCCGGUGCCGCCCCGCUCCAAGCGGCGUCCCCGAGGCGAGCCUUGCCCCUCAGCGGAUAAUUCCUCUGCUGCGGAGGAGGAGGAGGAAGAGGACGAGGAAGACGCGGAGACGGCGGGGAGCUGUGGCGCAAGCAGCAGCAAGAAGAAGCGAACCAAGGGAGCUUCCGCGGCGGGGGCAGGCAACGGGGGCAAAAGGCAGCAGCAGCCGUCGCCGGCGGGCCGGAGCGCGGCGGCGGAAUGCAAGCAGACGCAGCGCAACGCGGCCAACGCGCGCGAGCGAGCCCGCAUGCGCGUACUGAGCAAGGCGUUCUCGCGCCUGAAGACCAGCCUGCCCUGGGUGCCUCCAGACACCAAGCUCUCCAAGCUGGACACGCUGCGCCUCGCCUCCAGCUACAUCGCCCACCUUCGGCAGUUGCUGCAAGAAGAUCGCUAUGAGAAGGGCUACGUGCACCCCGUCAAUCUGACCUGGCCAUUUGUGGUUUCAGGAAGACCAGAAUCUGAUACCAAAGAGGUUUCAACAACCAACAGAUUAUGUGGAACUACAGCUUAGUUAAAGUAAGCAACACUCUUGCUGGAUAUACUUACAAACCAUCCUGACUUUUAUGGACCAAAACAAACUGAUGCAAAGAAAUCAACAUUGUUCAGUGUCUAAACGCUCUCCUUGUUUGUUUGUAAGGGAAAAGCACUUAAAAAUAUAAGGAAGAAGGAUAGAAGUAAUUUACCAAACUUUCAGCUACAGUGGUGGGUUUGGAAAAGUCUUUUAUCAGCAUCACUACCUGAAGAAACUCUUCUGAAGCUUUUUGACUAACUGAAGAUAUACAGGAGAAUAACUUUGAUAGCAUUAACAGCAUGGACCAAAAAUAUAGAUUGUACAAGCUAAUCCGAAGCAGUGUUAUUUGUAUGCCAAAGGAAAGUGGUAUUCUAGACUUGUGUGUAAAACUCAAAAUUUAUAAUAUAUUUGAUCUUAUGUUCUUGGCAGCUAUGUGAUAGCAAAACUACUGUCAUCUUAGCCAUUUUUUUUUGUAAAAAAAAGAUGACAAGACAGUUGUGCCUUCACAACCUACUCCACAAAUAUAUUAAAUUAUGUGGAUUUAAGCCAAACAUAUUCAUUCUCAUUGAAGUUUGUGGGGCUCAUCUUUUUAUAUGCAAAUAUGAGGUCUUGAGUAGGUCAUGGAUCAAAGCCAUAGAUAAGUUCUUGUUGGACUGGGGCUAUUGAUCAUAUUUUUGUACUUGAGGUGUAGUACAGAUAAUUUUCAAUGGAUGUAUUCAGCAAAAAUGUCCGAAGUUGCCUUAAACUCAAACAGGAAGCCUAUUAACUUAGACUGGGGAAAAAGUGCUAUAUAAGAAAGUGGCAAUUUUAUAAUGGUUUAAGAGAUUGGAAAGGGACAAACCUUUCCCCCCCCCCUCAAGCCUUCUGGUGUUAAUGUCUCUGUGGUUCUUUUGCAAAUGAUGUAGUAACCAGUAUUUCAAAUGUAGAUAACUCUAUUUUUAUACAUGAUAUUAAAAGCUUUGU